AUGUUUAAUACAAAUUUUAAUGCUUUUUUUGUACCACAUCAUCUCUUUAAUCCUUAUGGGUACUAAUAUUUGAUAAUGCCAUAAUCAUUUUCUUUUAUAAAUUAGCAACAUUUUAAUACAUAGGCAUAAACUUAAAUUUUAGAAAAUAAAUCGUCUCCUUAACCUAAUUAGUCUAUUGAUGAUAUUUAAAAGAAAACUUACUCAGAUACUGAAAGUAAACUUGAUUAGACAAGCAACCAAGAAGAAAUUAGAGAUACAUAUAUUUAGACUAAGUAAGAAAAGAAAAUCCUCUUAAAAAAAGUUUAACAACCAAAUUUUUUAGUGAAAUCUACCAAUAUCUAAAAAAAUUAUGCAAAAGCCAUAGUAUCUUUUGCAUGUCGAUAACGAAAUUUAAUUUAAAAAAUUUUGGGAGAAAUAAGAGCCCAAGAGUUCUUGAAAUUGAUGAAUCGAUUGAGAAACAAACUAAGGAAUAUAGCCCAUAUAACAAGGUUUACUCAAAAUGAAGACUUUUUGUAGAUGUUUAGGAUUUUAGGGUAAAUUAUUUUCUAUAACGACUAUAGUAAUAAUUUUUUAAGAAAAGACCAUGUUAGUUAUAUAUAUAACUCUAAAAUCCAGUAGAAGAGUUGUCAUAUAGCCAACAGGACUAUAGUUAAGAAUUCUUUACUCAAGUAUUGA